AUGGCGUCCAAGACGGUUGUCAUUAAUGAAAUGCUGUAUUUUUUAACAAAUAAUUUUGAUAUAAUUGAUAAUGAAGCUUUCGUUUUCAAUAUUUCAGAAUUUUAUUCACAAGAGGAAGUUGGUAGUGGUUUAAAAUGUUUAAAAAAUGAAUUGGAACUGAACAAAAAUGAAAUUACUAUAAAAUUGAUUUCUCACGGAACAAAUAAAAAGGACAAGGUGGCGGACUGCAUCGACAUUCUCAAGUGUCUCAAAACAAAUAAUUUAUAUGAAAAAUGUCCGGUUUUUGUUAGCAAAGAUUUGGAAAGAGUUCCUAAAUUGGAAAAUAUAAUUAAAAUUAAUUUUGAAAAUCUACGGAAUGAAAUUAGUGGAAUGUUAGCUAAACAGCAGGUGUGUUUGUUGGAUACGUUUGAAAGUUGUAAAAAACAAUUGACACAGGUGGAUUCAUUCAACAAACAAAUAUUCCAGUUGAACGAAAAGUUGAAUUCACUAAAGCUCAAUUAUGAUAAAACGUUAAUUUUUGCAGAAAAUACUAAAGAUAGUAACAGUUUGCCUCGAGCAUUGAAUGACGCUAAUUCGAAUAAAUAUACGAACAAAAAUGUUACUCUAGGCAAUGAAGUAAUAAAAACGCCAACAAAUACUGUAAAAUUUUCAUGGGCCGAUAGAGCUAAUAAUGAUGUGCAAAGUGAUGAUAACUUGAAUGAUGAUGACUUUACGUUAGUUCAACGGAGUAAAAAUAAAAUAAAAUCUAGAGCAUUACCUUCAGUUAAGAUUAAACCAGAAAUUCCUUCAGCUGUCCAACGUCAACAACAAAUACAACAAAUUAAAAAAGUAAUUGGCAAAAAAACUAACUGCUCAACAACCUUAAGGUCGAUGAAGACUGAACCACGUAAAAAACUAGUCUACGUCGGCAAGUUGGACCAAUGCACAUCUGAAGAUCUCAUCAAUCAUUUGAAAGCAAUUGAUGUAAAAGCUAUAUCAUGUAUUCCUCUUACGAAAUCAAUUUUUAAUAAAAAAAGUUCAUCAUACAAUAAUAAUAACAAUACUAACAACAACUCUUCUCAAACUAAUGAAACCAAAACUAGCGCAGCAUUCAGAAUUAUGUUUCUCGAAAUAGAUUUUGAUAAAGUGAUGAAUGAAGACAACUGGCCAAGUGGUGUCAUUCUUCAUGAAUGGUGUUUCUUCGACAAUCAGGUUCAUCAGUCAGUUUCAAACAUUGCCGCUCCAUCAUCUAAAAAUGCCUAA